CUUCUCCACAAUCCGUCCCACACCCACCCACAACAAGGCCACAAGCCUCCGCCUCAGAUCUCUUCUACCUUCCCCUAGAGCAGAGCAAGCAGAGCAAGGCCAAGACAUGAUGAUGAUGAGCGAGGGAGUGAGCGUGCCGCCGUGGGGCAGCCACCUGCCCGUGAGCGGCGUCGACGCCGGCGGCGGCGGCGGAGGCGACGAGACGCCGUUCCUGUUCGCGGCGCUGCGCCAGUACCUGCCGUGCAACGACCUUGUCGGCGCGGGCGCGGGCGCCGAGGACGAGGACGAGGCGGCAGCCAUGGCGGCCGCGGUGGACGCCUACGCCUGCGACGAGUUCCGCAUGUACGACUUCAAGGUGCGCCGCUGCGCGAGGGGCCGCAGCCACGACUGGACCGAGUGCCCCUUCGCGCACCCGGGGGAGAAGGCGCGCCGCCGCGACCCGCGCAAGUACCACUACUCCGGCACCGCCUGCCCCGACUUCCGCAAGGGCGGCUGCAAGCGCGGGGACGCCUGCGAGUACGCGCACGGCGUCUUCGAGUGCUGGCUCCACCCGGCGCGCUACCGCACGCAGCCCUGCAAGGACGGCACUGCCUGCCGCCGCCGCGUCUGCUUCUUCGCCCACACCCCGGACCAGCUCCGCGCCAUGCCGUCCCAGCACUCCAGCCCCAGGAGCACGCCCCUCUCGCCGCUCGCCGAGUCCUACGACGGCUCGCCGCUCCGCCGCCAGGCGUUCGAGAGCUACCUCAGCAAGAGCAUCAUGUCAUCCUCGCCCACCAGCACCCUGCUCUCCUCGCCGCCCAAGUCGCCCCCGUCCGAGUCGCCGCCAUUGUCUCCCGACGGGGCCGCCUCCUUCCGCCGCGGCUCUUGGCCCGGCGUCGGGUCGCCCGUCAAUGACGUCCUCGCUUCGCUCCGCCAGCUGCGCCUCGCCAAGGCGCAGGCGUCCCCGUCCGGCGGCUGGUCCGGCUACCCCACCUCCCCUGCCGCCUACGGCUCGCCCAAGGGCGCCGGCCUCUACAGCCUCCCCACCACCCCCAUGGGCACUCAGACCAGCGCCUCCAGCUUCAUGGCCAACCUGGAGCCACUGAACCUCCGCUUCAUCGACGACGAGGAGCCGGUCCAGAGGGUGGAGUCCGGGAGGGCGCUCCGGGAGAAAGUGUUCGAGCGGCUGAGCCGAGACGGUGCCGCGCCCCGCAGCUGCGAGGUCGUCGGCGCCGGAGCAGGAGGCCCCGACGUCGGCUGGGUCUCCGACCUGAUCAACUGAGUUAAGCCGCCGUUCUUGCAAGUUCAUUUUGCGACGAGGCGCUCAACAAGAUUCCACGGCGGAGGUGGCGGUAAGAAGAGAAGAAAAAUGGCCCCCCAAAAAAAUACCCCCGAGUUUCUUUUGCUACUAUUUCCAGUUGCUGCAAAUUCCUGUACAUAGCUGCUAUCUAUCUCCCAUGUGAAUAUUCCCGGUUGGUUGGCGGAAGGGAGGCAAGAUGAAGAUGAAGAUGGAUGGAUGGGUGGAUUUGUUUUGGGGUUCUUGAGGAAGUGUAGGAAUUUACCCAAAAAAAUGUUACCAAAAAAAGGAGGGAAGAGAUGGAUUGGAACUUGGAAGGCGGCGGUGGUCCGUCCUCUCUGUGGAUAGGUGCUGAAGCAUGGAUGGAUGGAUGGAUGGAUGGUGAAGAUGAGGUUGGAAGGUGGACUUGAUUCCUGUGAUUACCGGUGCUGAUGUUUGUUUAUCGUCGUCCGAAGACCGAUUUCGACCGCCCUCUAGUUGAUUUCACAUUUUGUUAAUUAUUAAUGUAAUCUCCUUCGUAAGGAUGAUGAUCCCCCACAGCACAUUUUGUACCUUAGCUGCUUAGCAGCCUUUAAUCCCUGUUCAUCCAAUGGCGAUGAACGAACUCCCCAAUGUAUUUGUGUAAUCCUUUGCUAUUAUCAAGUAAAUGAUGUUUAUCUAUACCUAUCUAUCAGUAAAGUAAAUAUUCCCGGUUACUCUUUUA